UUUUCUGUGUAUUCUGCCUCAUAACAGAUUGAUGAAACGAUGAAACUUGAGAGGACAUGUUCUUACUAUUUCGAGCUCUUGACGUUUUCCUUCGUCACAGGCAUAACUGCAACUUGUGCAAGGGGAGAUACAAUGUCCAGUGCAAUGUCGCUCCUGCGAAACAAGCAAAAACCCCUGUAUCUAUUUGGGGUUGAAGCAUCAAGCAUAAGUGAUCACAACUGCUGGCGGUCUACGUAUGAUUCCACGGGUGCUAACAGUGUACUUCGCCAUACUGUGAAGAGGAACUGGAAUGACCAAACCCCUGAUCCUCGGAAGCAGAAUGAGGCGGAUGUCCACCUUAAAGUGACAAGCACCGGAGGCUCUGUAAUGCUUAAUGUAGAAGUUGUAGGAACACCUCCACUUAAAACGGUGAUUGAGGGUAACUACCGUAUUCACUACGCAGACGAGAACUGUGCAGUAAUCAGUUCAACAAGAGGAACCGGAGUAUGUACAUUAUGGGUACAGGAAAAUACAACAAGUUUGCCGCAUGCAGAUUGCAAAGAGGCUUUUAGCAAAAAUUGCCAAACCUGUACAACGAAUCAACCAGCUGCAACAAGUUGAUAGUUUCGUCACCCUUGCACCUGAAAUAAAACAUAAUAUUUUCGC